GUUGGACGGAUGGAAAGUAAAAAUCAAGAAUCAAGAUUCAAGAGUUUUGAAACUGAUCUCAUCACCAGUUUCUGGAGUUUUCGUAAUUUUUAAUUCUCCUUUUUAUUCUUAUUUCUCUUGAAGAGGCGACGAAGUUAACUGAAGAAACUGAAAACUAACUGAAGAUGCCAGCAUACGAGGCAUAUGGUAUCAAGAAACUCAUUGGGAAGAACAGUAUUAAGGAUCUGACUGCCAAAGCGUUAUCAGUUGUCAACGAAAAGAACAUCCGUGUGACUGCACCAAAAGCGAAUCCAGAAUCUGUAAAGAUCAAGGCCUGUAGCACUCCCAUAAGUCCCAGAAAAAAAGCCAGAAUCACACCACCAGAUGAUGAAUCGUUGUUGACUGAGGAAGACGAUGACUGCGAGUUUUUGGAAGAGGUACACAAGCAGAAAAAGCGCAGACCCCAAUUGACGAAAGCGCAGAAAGCAGCACGUGCGUCUUCCGAGAAGAAAGUGGAAGCUGCCAAGCGCGCACGCGAACAGUUGCUGAAAGCCUUGGCGGACGAUGACACAGGAGAAUGCUCCAACGAAAUUAUUGUUGAGCCUGCAGUGAGCUGCACGUCUUCCACGUCGGAUCCGAAGAUCUUGCAUGAACGAGUGAUUGUUAUAUGGAAAGGGAGACGGAACAAGUUCUCUCUGCUGCCAUCGGAAUCCAUGCAGGAUAUAUUUGUGAAGAUGGCGCAGAUAAUGGAGACCGAAGUGGAGAAAAUCAUCAUCUUUUGCAAUUCAGAUCCUUCACAUUCCGUCAGCCCGUUCGACUUGUUAACGGAUAUCGGUAGUGAACGUCUUUUCCAAGCCGCGCUCAAAGAUUCAACAGUGUCGAGUGCGAAUGCAACCAUACCGGCCCAACACAAAAUUAUACUCAGUGUUCAGUCUGUGACAUCCAAAAACCGUAUCCAGAUUGACGUGGACCGGCGCGCGCCUUUGAGCGUAUUCAUGCAGCGCUACUGUCAGCGAAUGGGCAAGAAACUGGAUGACUUUCAGUUUCGCUUCGACGGGGAUAUCCUGGAUGGGAAGAAAUCAGCCAACGAUCUCGAUCUGGACGGAGAGGAAAUCGUUGACGCCAUUCCUGUUUAAGCAGAACGUUCGAUGUUGCCUUUUUAGUUUUAAACGCAUUGUAUGUUGGGAAUUGUUUUCCUGUUAGAAUUUCAUGGCUUCUGGAUUGCAAGUCCAAAAUAAGCCUGACCUUUUAAGUAGGUUAUCUCGGGGUGUACAGUAUAAUCCUUUCUGAGUCGACACGGGAAAUUUUCCCAUUGAUUGGACAUGUCAUUUGGAAGAUAUGUAUAGGGCUCCGAUUUCAUUUUACUUGAACAGAUUGUAUUUUAGGAACGUGCGUCAAUAGGACUAUUCAUUUUUUAAAUUAAAUCCUCACA